UGUGGCCAGUACAGUUGAAUGGAUCCGAAAUCGACAUAACUGGAAGCGCGUUUGCCACCUUGCUCCGCGAAGAAUUCCUGGCGAAUGGUCUGACUUUCAGUAUGUAUCUCUACUUGAGUUACCGAGUGGUUUGUAAAAUGGGAUAAUGAAGUCCAGAACGAUGCUUUCAAAGUUCUCGAUAUCGGUGGGAUGCUCAGUGGAAUUACAGCUGCAGGAUUUACCUUUGGUCUUCCCGGAACAUUCAAUUUUAAUGGUGCAAAAUACAACAUAUCCACUCAGGGGGUCGUGCCUACCAUCGAGGCAUUUUCCGGUUCGAAUGGAAUUCCGGAUGCUAAUGGUACUCGUCUCGGGUUUUCUGGUGGAAAUAUCACGGUCAACACAGGAAUUGUACCCGGAUCAUACUCCAGGGCACCCAUUCCCCAAGGUUUCAGCACGAACUAUUCCAUGUGGCAACAAGGGUUAACAGUGAAUGUCAGCUGCCGGGCCAUUGACUCAAGCCAAACGCAGUACCUUUGGAACACGAACAACUCUAACGUCAUCUAUAUCAACCCAGCUGCUUCGAGCAACAACUCCAUUACCGGUCUCCGUUUGUGGAAUAUCAGUGCAAACUGUGGUAACAAUACCUCGACAGCGUACGAAUAUGUGACCAUGGUGGAUGCAAAUGGAAAUGGAAACUUAUCAGGGAAUGGCUUUCUUCCAUCUGUUGUGUGCCCAGGAUCAACAGAUGUGAACCAAACUUAUACAAGCUUCACCAUUUUUACGCAAGGGUUUUACAAGUAUGAGUCCCUUAAAGCAAGCGUGUGUGAAGUGGUUCCCCUGUUGACCAGAGUCCGCGCCGAUUAUUCCAACGAACAAAUUUCUUCCGAAGUCAUUUCAUCCACUCCUUUCCAUUCAGAGAAUGUCGAGCUACUGUCAUUUAUCGCUGGAGUUGCCAAAUAUCAGUUGAUCAACUCGCAGGGACUUACGAGCAGCACGAUUGGGGAUACCCUGUACUUCAUAUAUUCCUCAGCCACUACCCAAUACGUCAAUGAAAAUCUUAAUGACACACAGGUUUACCUUGAGCUCGAGAAUUACUGGCGUGGUGUUGUUGAAUUUUCUGCCACGUUUCUUCGCUCCAGGUUUAUGGCUACAGGCAGCUUCCCCGAUAAUAUCAUCCCGAAUAACCUCUCUUCGCCAGUCAACGGGACCAUGUUCAUAUCGACAAUAGGCUGGACUCGCUGGACUAAGAACUCGCCGACAUAUCUGCUCGCUACAAUACCGCUCACCAUUAUCACCAUCCUCACUUUCGCCUGCACAUUCUACAGUAUUCUGGAGUAUCAUCAUGAACCAUGUGCUGGUGAUAAACUCGUACUCUCGCACAUCAAGACUGAGAUCGAGAAAAAUGGGGGCGAUGUUCACCCGAGGGACCUCAAGUCCACUGACCUUAGAAAGCAGGAGGUGCAUGUGAGAGAUGUCAAACCGGUGCAUGUGGAAAAUGUUACAUAAGGUCUUGUUUGACAUUUGCAGGGCACGAUGUCGAACUAUAGA